GAAGAAAGUUUUAGGACGGAGGUAGUAUUUCUUUCUAUCGACGGUUUCUCCCAUCUUCCGUUAACUUCAUCCCUAGCGCCGUCUCCAACAUCUCCGUUUCUUUUCUGCAUCGACUCCACUAGCAUCUUCAUCAGAAGCCGCCGGCUGCCAGCGGCGUUCUCUAUUUCUCUUCUCAUCCCAGGUUUUUCUUCUCAUCCCAAGCUGCCAGCGGAAUCAGGAUCUCAACCCAGGAACUUAAUAAACAUUCUUGCGGAAGUUUCACAAACAGGGAAGCCAAGGCACAUUCCCUAUAGAGGUUCCUCGUUGACAUUUUAAUUACAAGGAUAAAAUGUAAAUUAUUAAUAUCCAAGAGUCAAUACAAUGUACAUCCACAAAGUAAACAUACAAUGCAUCGGGGCAUACCCCUAUAAAAUCAAAGCAAAGUGGCACGCACGCCCAAACAACAAAACAUGAGUAAACAAGCACAAGGGAAAAAAUGUACAUCACAUAGAAACAUGAUCAUCACCAACACCAAGGCUCGUCCUCGUAAAAUGCAUCAACAUCGUCAAUAGGUCAUCAAAAGGAAGCAUAAUCCUCAUCAAAACUCCGAAAGUGAGACCACCGGAGGGCUUUAUGAAUCAUCAAGACACCAACCAAAAGGGGUCAUUUGCGUCAUUGUUGCCACUACAACGACAAGUCCUCAACAUGUGUAGGCUCAUCAAGUUCACCCUCAAGGAAUAGAUGUCAUGACCCAAGUCCACAAGUUCAACAUUCGCCACCUUGCCAGAGUAAACUCAGCCAUACCUGAACAGAGACGGCAACGGCAAUUGGCCCAUGUAAACUCAAGUAGACCAGGCCUGAUGUCACAAAGCACGAGAAAAGCACCCAAUCUGGCAUCCUAAAUCACACAAGGGGUUAUGGGUUCCCAAGAAGUCUCAGCUAUCACACACUAGGGGGGGUCCAACGUACCCUUCCCUUGACAGUGUUGAACACUGGAGCGUCAGGCUCACAAUGGCUUUCCAACAAAAUGUUCGGAAUGCAGCGAGAAAUGCAGAUGGUAGGCCCACCCAUAGGUGUUCAACGAUGCAAAACUGGGGGAGGAAGAAGCACGGUUAGUUCAAGCCUAAGGAAAAGUCCUCAAUCACACCCAAACCGUCCACACAACAGUCAAGUUCUGCCCACUUUUUCAAACAAUGUUUCGGGUCAUACGAGGCUGAACUAAUGUCUACUUUAUCGAAAAUGGAAGUCUCUAUUAUGCGUUAUUAUAUCAUCCAUGCCUUACAAACUGGGAAGAAGGAGAAAGCGAUUGAAUUUUUCGAUAGCCAUGGUAGCGAGUUACUGCAAAAACACCAAGAUUGGGCAUUGUGGUUUGGUUGGUUCUAUUUGACAUUUUAAUUACAGGAAUCACUAGGAGGGGAAUGCAAAACUGGCAAUGGCCUGUGCCAUUUCUCGGGCGCAAAGCUGUAAGAAUGAGACUUUUAGGACCCUGAGAUUUGCUCAGCGCGCGAAGGCAAUUAACAAUAAGGUAGUUGUCAAUGAAGAAAUGCAGGAAGAUGUCAAUUUCUUGAGAGAUGUUAUACGGCAACUUAAGAUGAUGUUAUUAGCAGCAGUGGAACAAGGAACGGAUCCCAAGAUUCAAUGUCUGAUGAAGAGGCACCGUUGAUUCCAACAGCUAGAAUCUCUCAUUUUGGACGAAGCCAACUUGAAGGCGGCAGCAGCCACUCUGCAUGACCUGUUUAACACACUGAUAGCUUUGUUUUGUUCGAUAGUAGAAAAAGCUAAGAAGCUGAGUGAAGAAAUUUCAAUGUUUUUAUUGCAAUGCCCAGUAACUGCCCACUUCAUAUUGUGCGUUAUUGUACUGUAAACU